CCUAAGCCCCCUUUUCCGGCAGGGAACGUGGCCUGGAUGCACGUCCUGGCCGCCCGGGCCGCCCGUCGCUCCCCGGCCUCGGUGGCGGGCGAGGUUUUCUUCUGCUACGACGGGUCCCCGUUCCUGGCCUACGAGGAGUUCAACCUGCGGCUCCUGGGGCUGCGGGGUUGGGGUCCCCGGCCCCCCCGGGCCCUGCUGGAGCUGCUGGCCCGGCUCAACGCCGCCCUGAGGGUCCUGCUGGGCCCCCUGGGGGGGUUCGCCCCCCUGCUCAACCCCUACACCUUGGCCGUGGCCUCCACCCCCUUCACCGUCCGCACCCGCAAGGCCCGGCAGCGCUUCGGCUUCCGGCCACUCUUCUCCUGGGAGGAGGCCCGGGAGAGGACCCUGGGAUGGGUCCGGCAGCUGGGAACGGCCUGAGGGUGGGAUUCGGGGGGAGGAGGGGCGGGGUUGG